AUGGGGCGGAACCGAUCAUCCCAACGCCGAGAAAUCGUGUCAAAUGGCAGACACGCUCGUCUGCCACAGCCUCGUUCGCGAUUAAUCAGCAAGCUUGAGGAUUCAGAUGGAGCAUUGUUAUGUCUAAUAGCAGCAACCUGCACACUGGCCAGCAGCGUCGGCAAUUUCCAGUUGUUUUCAUUAAGUGAGCAUGGUCUUACCAACAAAGAAUACUAUGAGUUGGUAACUGGCACAAUGGAGGUUGCUAUUUGCUACCCUUAUAUAUUUCUGAAAUUGCACGAGUUCGUGCCCAAUCUGCUUCCGACACCGGCUGCAUUGGCGCCAAUGAAGUCGUGGUUCGCGUGCCGUCCUAACGUCCGGAUUUUCAGAGACACAGCCGUCCUUGUGAUUAUAUCUUAUCUGCUAUUACUGGGCAUCAACUUGAGCUUCGCCUGGCUCGCCAUCUUUCCCGUCAUGGCCAUUGUUUUCAUACGAGCGCUGUACUUGAAGCUCAAUCAUCGUAAAGUUACUCCAGGAUACUCUAAUGUCGACGAGAAGUCCGUCGAGACACCUGUGGAGCUUCAGAUUAUAGUGGUGGCGACGUUCGGGGCGCUCUUAGUGAUGGAUCAACUCGAGGACGAUGCAGCUGUGGGGUUCUCCAUCUCCCAGUUCCUCCUGUUCCUGAGCGCCAUGGUGGCGGCACUGACGCGAAUGAUGAUGAAGCUGCCCGCUGACCCUUUUCCGGGCAGCGCACCGGCGUCAGAGUUGCUCCACAAGACCUUGCUUCUCCUCCUGCUGGUGACGGUGCACACGAUGGCCGUGGAGUGGCUGGGCGAGGACGUGGUUCUGGUGUGCAUGCCGGAGGUCGCCCCGGUGCUUCUUUGGUUCAUCCUUCACCUUGACCGCCCAUGCCACAUCCCGCUCAUCAGCGUCGACAAGAUGAAGCCAUACAUGAAAGAGAUCAUUGCCCUGUGUGCACUGGUGGCAGCUCCUCUUUUCGCAUACCUGGUGAACUCCAUGGAUGUUUCUGGGCUCUCCUGGUGCACGAGGAUCAUGGUGUCAUGUGGCGUCUCAGGGGUUCUGACCUACUACCUUGUGUUCAUGCUACGCCAGUGGCCGUGUCCGGGGCAAAAGCAAGCUGGCAGCAGCAAGGACGAUGUGCCUUCCUCCGGCAUGCUCAAGUUUUGGGCAGAGGCUUUACUCAUGGCGGCCACAUUUCUGCUGCUGCUAAGGUAUCUGGUUUCUGUCCGGCUUGGUCUGCAACAAUCACUGGUUGGUACACUCUGUCGAAAUGUGCAACGGCUAUAA